GCGAUGUACGAAAAAACGUGCUUCAGUUAGUUUGUCCUCCGGCUGCGACAAAUGGUUUUUCUUUGCCGCCCUGUGACCACACCACACGUUAGUCCAAUCAACAUCCACUUGCUUUGCAUGAACUGAAGUGAAGCUGUCUCUGCACUCAACCACCGGCAAAAUGCCUUCCCGUCCACUGGCAAUGUGAUCAAAACAAAACCCACACCGUUUCUGUCACUGAUUUUCCACAAUGCCAUGCGAAAAGUGGCUUUAGCUUCCUAACAGACAAGGAUCGUGCCUGCAAACGACUGGGAACAAGGAGAUGAUCCCGGAGCGUGGAAUUUUACCUUCAGUGCUUCAUUUUUUCGCUGUGCAAAGGGGUAGGAACGAGGCCUCUCGAACGAUGCGCUAUAAGCUCUUCAACACGUCCAAAUCAUACGGAGAGCGGUAACCGCCCACCGGUUGUAGCUGCCGGAUACUGACGAUGCUCAUUAGGUGGUUCUACUGGUUUUGAAUAACCUAGAAUAUUCCGCAACGUUAGCGACGACGGUAAGGAUUGUAAGCCGACGCGGAGAACCAGCAUUUCUAAACAUUUGGGUGCCGCCACCAACACGUCCACAAUAGUGUUGCCAGAACAGGAGUCAAUUUCGUUUGCAAAAAACCCAAACGCCCAAACGAAGCCAUCAACACCCAUUUACCGAGCCAGCAUCCUACCGUUGAUCGGAAGCGAAAUGUCUGGAACUACGGGAAAGCGUAAGGAAAUCUACAAAUAUCUUGCUCCAUGGCCACUGUACUCGAUGAACUGGUCCGUGCGACCAGACAAGCGGUUUCGACUUGCCCUCGGCAGCUUCGUCGAGGAGUACAAUAACAAGGUCCAAAUCAUCAGUUUAGACGAGGAUACGAGCGAGUUCAGCGCUAAAAGUACCUUCGACCACCCAUACCCCACAACGAAAAUUAUGUGGAUUCCUGAUUCGAAAGGUGUCUAUCCGGAUCUGUUGGCAACGAGUGGCGAUUACUUACGGCUAUGGCGCGCGGGAGAACCAGACACACGACUUGAGUGCGUGCUAAACAACAACAAGAACAGCGACUUUUGUGCCCCACUCACCUCGUUCGACUGGAACGAAGUCGAUCUCAAUCUGGUCGGAACUUCGUCGAUCGACACCACCUGCACGAUUUGGGGCCUCGAGACAGGCCAGCCGCUAGGGCGCGUUAAUCUCGUUUCCGGUCAUGUCAAGACGCAGCUGAUCGCACACGACAAGGAAGUGUACGACAUUGCUUUCUCGCGUGCUGGUGGCGGUCGCGAUAUGUUCGCUUCUGUCGGUGCCGAUGGCAGCGUCCGGAUGUUUGAUUUACGCCACCUCGAGCACUCAACAAUCAUCUACGAGGAUCCUGCACACACCCCGCUUCUGCGUUUGGCGUGGAACAAACAGGAUCCAAACUAUCUAGCAACAGUCGCGAUGGAUAGUUGCGAAGUAAUAAUACUUGACGUACGCGUCCCAUGCACACCUGUUGCACGACUCAGCAACCACCGAGCGUGCGUAAACGGUAUUGCCUGGGCCCCACACAGCUCUUGUCACAUCUGCACGGCAGGCGAUGAUCACCAGGCUCUGAUCUGGGACAUACAGCAGAUGCCCCGUCCCAUCGAAGAUCCAAUACUGGCGUACACGGCAGCCGAAGGCGAAGUCAAUCAAAUACAGUGGGGAGCCACGCAGCCCGACUGGAUAGCAAUCUGUUACAAGACGGCAUGCGAAAUACUGCGCGUUUAAGUAGGAAGCGUGUGAGGAGAGUAUCGAAGACUGCACUACCGGACGAAAGAGUAAGCAGCGCUAACACAACGACAAGAAAGAGAGUAAGUGAGCUGACGCCAUGUAUGGCGUUUCCGCAGGUCCGCGCACAGCCACCACCAACACUAUUCACGGGUUUCAAAGACUGGCACCGAUUGGAAGCAGGCUGAAGGACAAACAUUAAGUAAUGUUUCGAUUGCGAGUAUAAUGUAUAUUGAAUGGUCCCUAUGGGAUGGAUGGUGCAACAGGUUCAUGAGCAUGAGUGCAUGAGCAAAGGUAGAAGGUGACGCUGGGCGAGUGGUUGCUCACUCGUACUCAAUUAGAUCGGGAUUUACAGUGGAUGGCGAAAAUAACUUUAGUUCUAGAACACAAAAGAUUUAUAUCACGUUAUUAAUGUUCAAAAAUUAAAAUAAUGUUCUCUAGCAUUAUUACCGAGCAAAACGAAGGAAAUUGGCGUGAAAACUGAAAACUUCAAGCUUGGAACUUAAACUAAGGUUAUUUUCGCCGUGCUCAAAUUGAUCUAUGGGCGCAAAUGGCCGCACCAGUCUACUAGAUUACAUCUUAACGUCAUUUCAUCGUCCACAUUUUAGUCUUAUGCCCGGUCCACACGCUACGAUACCGAUGCGAUAUCUGCGUAAGUGACGUCUCUCGGAGACGUCAUUAAUGUCACUGUGUGCGUGUGGACUGGGCAUUGGAACCUCAAUCCAAUAUUUAACGUCUCUAAAGAGCCAUUCAAAACGAAGAUGUGCUCAUAUUUUCACAUAUUAUUCAAAUGUUUAGGAGCUAAAGCUAUUUUCGCCAUCCACAGUAUAUGCUACUAAAGAGUGCAUAGGUCAUCGGCUGAAUUUAUAAGCCCCUAUACCCGAUCGCUCGAAAUCGUGACAGGUUUAAAUAUCCCAUUAUCGUAGCUUCUAGAAAAGGCGUUAGGACUUCAUACGUGCCGCUAAUUUUUGUAAAAUAUUCAAUUGUAUAUCUAAGAUUUAAAAAAAUAUAUAAACUUAUAGACACAACUAGAAUACAGUAUGUGAUGUAUGAACACUAGAACAACAAUGAAACACAUAAAACUUUGUGUUCUUAUCAAUGUUUUUCUUCCCGCUGUGAGGGACGUGCAAUCAAGUGCGCACAUAUGUGCUCACUUCUUUUCCUUCACUUUGAACCCAUGUGUAGAACGACACCUCCGUACCAAUCGUUUACUGUAUCCAUCCGAUGGUUUCCCACAAAACUUAAUAGCGGCAACAUUUCGUUAUCAGUUGUGGUCGUUUGUACUACUCUCUGGGCUGCUUUCGCUACACUAUGAUAUUCCAAAAACAACUAACGGCCAAAACGUUUAGACAAACCUCGCAUCUGACUUCCUACGGAUAAGCAAUGACCGUAGCUGCGUAGGAAGAAAACAAUAGUUGUUUAAUUUUAUUAGCUCCUUCGUGCAAGCGUUCUUAACAUUAAUAAUGCAAAAAUUAUUUGUAAUUCAGUUUAGUUAAGUUCAUUACAAAAAUGUUCAAUAAUGUGACUAGUAGCAACAAAAAUCACACAAUAAUCCAUUAGCAAAUCUUUGAAUAUGCCUGUUUAGAAGUAGUACAGAAUGCCUCUCAGAUCUACAUAUAAUUGGUGACGAACGAUUCAUCAUUGUUUUUUUUUAUUUUACUAAAAAUAACGCAAUGCCAAUUUACAUUUAAACAGAACGAAAUAAUAUCUCACAUGUUAAUAAAAACAGAACCUUACAAAAAGCAAUGUGUUCAAUAAAUAAGGUCAAAAUAAUAGGAGCACAACUAUGCCUCUCGCCCUCUCUAGCCGCGUUCGGAGAGUUAUUAUAUUAGAAGUAUGUUUGUCACGGUAGGUGUAGGAUUAGGUGAUUGCCUUUGCGAGCAAUAACUUUCUUCCAUUUUUUCAGGCGAUUCCUAG